AUGACAACUGGUACAAGAAGCAGCCUUAAAAUUGACAAUGAAGAUAUCAAACUCAGCAUGAAUAACUAUUUUGUUCUUGAUUCAGGAAGUGAUGAAGAUGAGAGCAACUCUGUGCUACUUGAACUGAAGAUUCCACUUGACAGGGAGGAGAGCCCUGUGCAUCAUUUAGUACUGACAGCAACUGAUGGGGGUGAACCAAAACUCACAGGAACUGUUCAGCUGGUCAUCAAUGUGCUGGAUGUUAAUGACAAUCCUCCUGUAUUUAACCAAUCUGUUUAUAGGGUAAAGUUGCUAGAAAAUACAGCUAAUGGGUCCUUAGUUAUUACUCUGAAUGCAACAGACUUAGAUGAAGGGAUAAAUAGAGAAAUUAUUUAUUUUUUUAGUAAUAGCCUACCUCUACAUGUCACAAAGAUAUUUAGUAUAAUUUCUGAUACUGGGGAAAUUAGAGUAAUUGGAAAAUUGGAUUAUGAAGACAUUAAUUUUUACGAUCUUCAAAUUAUUGCAGAAGAUAGAGGGAAUUUUCCACGGUCAGGGCACUGUAAAGUUCUUCUUGAAAUACUGGAUACAAAUGACAAUAUUCCUGAAAUAUCAGUGAAUUCCCUUUCAAUACCUGUUGUUGAAAACUCACCAUCAGGGAGUGUAGUGGCAAUACUCAGUGUUUCAGACAAGGAUUCUGGCAUCAAUGGACAAAUCAACUGUUUCCUCUUUCCCCCUGGAGUACCCUUCAAACUCGAGUCCACAUUCAAGAACUACUACUCCAUGAUUGUUGGUGCAGUCCUAGAUCGAGAGCAGGUGGCUGAGUACAGGAUGGUUGUGACAGUGGAAGAUCAGGGCGUUCCACCCCUGUCUUCUAGCAUCAGCCUCUUAGUGCCUAUCAGUGACAUAAAUGAUAAUGUUCCAGCCUUCACACAGCCCUCCUACACAGUCUUUGUGAAGGAGAACAAUCCUCCUGGUGCUCACAUCUUCACAGUAUCUGCCUUGGACCCAGACGUUGCUGAGAAUGCCCUGAUCACCUAUUGGAUAGAUGAGAAGCUGUGGCCAUUGUCAAGCUACAUCUCUGUACAUUCGGAGAGUGGAAAGCUCUAUGCUCUGCAGUCCUUGGACUAUGAGGAGUCGAAACUGCUGCAGUUCCAGGUGAGAGCCAAGGAUGCUGGAAUGCCCUCCUUGUGUGGCAAUGCGACCAUUCAGAUCUUUGUGCUGGAUGAGAACGACAAUGCACCUGCCGUGACAGGAUCAUCAGAAGAGAACCUGAUUCUUCUAGUGGUCCCCGUGAUGCCUGGGCAUAUUGUAGGCAAGAUCCAUGCCUUGGAUGCAGAUUCUGGAUACAAUGCCUGGCUCAGGUACGAACUGCUUGAAGAAAGCAGCGGUCCAUGGUCUGUGGGCCAGUAUAACGGUGAGGUGAGUACCAAAUAUCCUCUGGAUGAAUCAGAAGGAGGCAAAAUCCAGAGGGUUCUGGUUCAGGUGAAGGACCAUGGGAAGCCUCAGCUCUCAGCCACAGCCACAUUGAGUGUGUCACUGGUGACAAGUGGUCAGACAAUCAAAACGGAUAUUAAUCUUCGAAGGUCAGGGGAGAGCUUUGUGCCUCUGGUGGACUCGAUCAACGUCUAUCUGAUCAUUGCCAUCUGCUCUGUUUCCAGCCUCUUCUUGCUGGCCACUCUCAUCUACGUGGCCCUGCGAUGCCACUGCAAGGCAAAGGAAUCCAUGGUUUAUGGCCCUGGCAUGGCUACCCUGGUCUGUGCCAGUGAAGUGGGCAGCUGGUCCUAUUCCAAUCGCCACAGCCACAUCCUGGCAGGUGUGAGCACAGAGGCUGGUGCCAAGAGUGACCUGAUGAUUUUCAGUCCCAACAUUCCCAGUUUUGCAAAUAAUAGGGAACAUAAGAAUGAGGCAGAAAGGCCCCCAAAUUCAUCUAAAGAGUUUCAUCCUUUAAUCAGUCCAGAAUGGAUUUUCAAGCUGAUGCCUCUUUUAGGAACAAUAUUUAAGGCUGAUUAA